AUGUUGAAGGCUGUGGUCUUUGAUCAUCUGCGGCAAAUACUUGGUUUGCAGAAGGGCCCGUACGGUUCCGAGGGCUCUAAGUCUUUAGAGAAGCAGACCCUGCAGCUUUCUCCGGGGGAGGGGGGAGCCCUGAACAUCGGAUCAGACUGUGAGGUUUCCACCAUCGAGAAACAGCGGAAAGAGCUGCAGCUGCUGAUUGGAGAACUCAAAGACCGGGACAGGGAGCUCAAUGACAUGGUUGCGGUCCAUCAGAGACAGCUGCUGGCGUGGGAGGAGGACCGGCAGAAGGUGCUGACCCUGGAGGAGCGCUGCAGCAAGCUAGAAGGUGAGCUGCAUAAAAGAAGUGAGAUAAUCAGAUCGCUCAUAAAGAAAGUGAAAGCCCUUGAAUCAAAUCAAAAUGAGUCCCAAAUGAACCUGCAGAAGACACAGCAGCAGCUUCAGGAAAUGGCUCAGAAGGCGACCCACGCGGCUCUCCUCUCUGAAGACCUUGAGGCCAGGAACCAGAACCUGAGCAGCACGCUGGUGGACCUGUCCGCGCAGGUGGGACAGCUGCAGGCCCGCGAGCAGGCCCUCACCACCAUGAUCAAGCUGAAGGACAAAGAUAUUAUCGAGGCGGUCAAUCACAUCGCGGACUGCUCGGGUAAAUUCAAGCUGUUAGAACAGGCGCUGCGUGACGCCAAGGUGGCUGAGACGAGCAUUGCGAAGGAAAAGCAAGAUUAUAAGCAGAAGCUGAAAACACUCAAGGUGGAAAUCGGUAAACUCAAAGAGGAGCUGAAUGAAAAGACAACGGAAAACAACGACCAACGAGAAGAGAUCAUUCGUCUGAAGCAGGAGAAGAGUUACCUGCAGGACGAGUUGGUUUUCACAGUAGAAAGAGAAAAGCGGAAGGAUGACUUGCUUGAUAUCGCGAAGUCCAAGCAGGAGCGCACCAGCACGGAGCUGCAUAACCUGAGGCAGAUAUACGUGAAGCAGCAGCGUGACCUGCAGUUCCUUCACUUUAAUGUGGAGAAUUCGCACGAGUUAGUGCAGCUGUGUGAUUCCAAGGUAGAGGAGGCAAAGGCCCUGGAGUCCAGCGGAGACAUGUGUUUAGCAGACCUUGAGAAUAGCCACUCAAAAGCCGAGGCUAAGCGCUCCAGAGAACAGCAGUUACUGGUCAAGGACCAACAGUUUGAAACCCUGGUGGUUCAGCAGACGCGGUCCGACAGGAGCCCUUCAGACGUCUGCAAAGAGAAGAAGGUGCUGGCGGGCGCCUCGCUGGGGGUCAGGAGCGUAACCGCCUUCGCCUGUCUGUGCGCCAAAGACUCCAUGCAGCGGCACAAGUCCUGGCCUCCGAGGGGCCGAUUCCACACCGAGCCUGAGAGCAGAGGCCCCCUGUGCAAGAUCCAUGCCAGGUCCCCCCAGGAGACCGAGCCCGGGCGUCCGGGCCCAGAGAACCCGCCGCCUGGGGCCUGCCCGGCCGGGGAGAAGCCAUGGCGCGACGUGAGCGUGUACCUGGGCCUGACGGGCUGCCCCGGCUGCACCAGCUGCAGGGACUCACUGGCCGCUGACGCUGCAGAGGCCCGGGCCGAGCCCUGCUGUUGCCGGGACCCCGGUGCCGGCCUGGCUGAAAGCGACGCCUGGGACUCCCAGUGCUGCCACCCGAGCAACUUCAUCGUCGAAGCCCCGGGCCACGUGUCCGACGUGCAGUGGAUGAGCAUCUUCAAGCCCCGUCAGACGGAGAGGAUCGUCCGGCGCAAGUCCACCUGCUCUUGUGCGGACAAUGUCAGUGGGGCAAAGUACGACCCCUUGGAAAGUGACCCGGGUGUCACCGCCCACCACUCCUCGUGUCUGGUUUCAUCGAGCUCCACCUUAAGAGAGGACGAGAAGUUCCUAGAGACGGACUCCGCUUCCUUCAAGAAGAACCCUUCCCAGGUUCUGUUCCCCAGGCCGCGCCCUCCCAUGAAUGCUGCCUGUGUUCUCUUCCAGGACGACUCCUCUCCCACUAGCCGGCUUCAGCGUUUGCUGGCGGAGUCCCGUCAGAUGGUGUCGGACCUGGAGCUGAGCACCCUGCUUCCCCUCGGCUCCGAGCACCUCAACAGCGGGGACCAAAACCCUGGCGCAUCGGGAACACGGUCCUACUGCCCCACGCUUCCAGUCGGGAACACCAGCCUGACCGUUCACGCGGUGACGUCCCCGGUAUUGGGGGCUCUCCCUGCUUCGGUGGCCUGCACGGGCUUGUCGCCGGGCACUGGCGAGGGGGCUCUGACUCACGUGCCAGCCCUGCACACGGCGGGCUCCGCUCUCACCAGCCCUGCUGAGCCAAGCCAUCAUUCAGGGUCCCCUUGUCCCUCUCCUGAGCUGGCGUCUCUUUCCCUGGAGAGAAGCCCUCCAGGACCUGGUCCCCCUGAGAACGCGCCCAGCGCACAGGAAUCCCCAGUGCGUGGGACAGUGGUGUUCACGGUCAUCGGUGACUGA